AUGACUAAGAGAGAACUGGAGAUCUUUUUUGGAACUGAUGACCUAUCACAAGGUAGUCCCAUAAAUUUCAAAUAAAACUACUUCUAAAUAAACGCAAAAAGAUUUACUUUUGAUAAAAUGGUAGCAAAAUCCAUGGUUUGUUAAAUGAUAAAAUGAAAAAAUCUGCUAUUGAUCUAAUUAAAUUGUUUCUUAACCAGUUGAUGAGAUGUUAAGGGAACCUUUUAGUUGAAAAUGGAUUUUGCAAAGGGAUUUGCUCUUUCUUUUAUCAGAUUACGUCAGAUUACGUACUCGAACACGUCACUUUUGAGAUUCGAAUAUCACUCCUCGCGCGCCUCACUCGACAAUUUGUAUGGAAUCGAGUCGACAAGAUUACGCAAAAGUGUUCAACUAUCUAUCUUACUCUAGAAUAAAUCUUUUUACAGUAUGGGUAUUUUUUCAUUUCUCACGCUAUCGGAUGAACAUUACUUGUUUAUCUGAAUUACCUGAAGACUAAAUAUUUUAUAUACUAUGAAAAAUUUUCAGUACCUGAGUACGACAUUAGCGAACCGUUUGAAGAGAAAACCGAUGAUCACCGUCAAAAGAGAAGUGCUGAAGAUGAUAAAAAGUACUUCAAGAUAAAGGCUUUUGGCGAAAAACUGCCUUUACAACUCAUAUUAAAUCAGAAGCUUAUGUCACCCGAUUUUAAAGUGGAAAUCAAACGAAGAGAUGGGAGAACAGAGUAUCAACCAGCUCCGAAAAAUACUUUUUAUCUUGGAAAGGUCAUGUCAGAGCCCGAGUCAAUGGUGGCCGUUAGUCACUCCCAGGGAAUGGUCAGAGUCAUAAUUCUUUUUCAUACUAUUCUUAAUAAAUUUGGCACGGUAAAAUUACGAAUGACAUAGUAUUCCAAAAUUUUUUAAAAAUUUUUCCCUAUAUUCAUCAGCCGACCAAAUCGCCAUGAAUUGAGCUUAUUCGAAGCUAAAUCCUGGAAAUUCUCAAAGCAACCGUUACCUACCCCUAAAUUUCUAUUUUAAAGUAAUAACAAAUAUUACAGGUGUACUCAUGUGACGAACCAAGGCUAACCGCGGUUUUGAAAGCUUGAGUUGAGGAUACUCAUGAUGCUGGUCUGUAUAUAGGCUACUGAUUCUUCAGGUUAAUCACUGACAGCUGCUGUAUCCACUGAUAUUCCUUGGUGUGAGGUGCUGUCAGAGUGACGUUAAAGAUCACUCAAAACGUUCACUUAGCAAGAUUUAGAAACUAGCAUGUCCAGUCCACUGCGCCAGUCAGUGGUUGACCCUGUUUACUAUUGUUCAGAGUCUACAAAAUGCUAAUUGAUCAUGACUGUUUUAUGUCAAUUUUUCUAGCAUGGACUGAUCCAGCGAUCUGGUGAAUCUUUAUACAUUCAACCGCUGCCAACUCAUCUCUCGAAGCACGUCGAGUAUAAAGAGAUAAGUCAACCUCACCUCAUUGUCAAAAGAUCAAUCAGAGAAAAUUUAGUUUUCAGCAAGCGAGGUAUAUUUUGUUUUCCUCAUCUAGUUGACAUAAUGUUUAAGAAGCUAUGUUACGGUAUCCUAAGUUUUCAAAGUUGUCAUUCGCAGUCUGCGUUAAACGUUAUUACAACCAUCUACAACUAUUUCAUUUAGAGUUUGCUCUAUUUCUUAUAUUUUGGAUGUGGUCUCUACAAACACAAAAAGUCCAUUUUAGAGAGUUAUCCGCACCACAACAACUUUUAUACUUAUGUUACCUAUUUUGUUCCAGCAGCUAAGGCAACUUCACCGAAAGGAAUUUUGCGCUCCAUUGAAUCGUCAAACAAAUACUUGGAAGCUGCUUUGGUCACAGAUGAAAUCACUGCUGAGAAAUAUGGCGAGUCCAAAAUUGCAUCAAUUCUGCUCAUCAUUGGGAACAUUGUGAGUUACGGGACGAAACAAUUUCUUUACUCGCUUUUUUCUUUAUGCGGAAAAGAAGAAGCGAUAAGUAAUACAUUUUUGUGCGUGAAAUAGCUGGCCCUAAAAUUUACUGUUUAAACUCCUAAACUUACAUAUUUUUCUUUCCCGAAGGUCGCAGGCAUGUUCCAAGAUCCCAGUGUUGGAAAAGUCAAAGUAACCUAUGUCAUCAAACGUGUCACAGUUCUAAAUGCUGCAGAGGUAAGUAAAACGUUUUUAUGCUUGCCUGUUUAACGUGGCGAGUACAGGUUCAACAAGCAAGCAUGAUUGGUAAAUAUAACGAUAUCAGUCUAAAUGAGGAAGAUGCGGGACUCAUUUCAUUUAUUGGUAGUCUACUUUUUUUCGCAACAAGACUUUGACAAAGAUUUUAACAAUACUGACCAUUUCACUGCUUUUUCCAGCUUGGUUUGCAAUCAUUGAGUAAUAAUGGCAAAGUAAUAAGACUCGAGAAAUGGAACAAAGACAUCGCUUAUUCGGACAAAGUCGAUGUCACUUCAUACAUAUCUAGGUGAGCCUGGGAAGACAAUUUAGAUAAACCACUUUCUAAUUAGUGAGCUGGAAUCCGGGUCGAAAUGUGUUCGUCCCUACCGUGUAUAACUCCGAAAAGGCUGUUGCUGGGUUCAAAGUCGUAACGAAGCUUUCUAGAUGUUUUCGGUUUGUAAGCCGCGUUGCGUGAUAAGAAAUGUACUUCGGCCAAGAUCUUUCCGACGAGGUAUUGAGGUUAGCCACGUUUUAUGAGGCGGGUUAGAAUUCUUCCCUCUUUAACUCAGAAGAUUCUUUAACCGAUUUUGUUCUCAGUAAGCGUAAUGCUUCUCCUUUAACAUUGCCCUUCUUAACACCUUAACACACACCUUCCAUGAAAAGCUGGACAAGGUUCAGGAAAAUGGACCGUAGAGCUUGAUAGCCUAACUGAGGGAAGCAUUAUGGUGCAUAAAUUAAAGAAGCGAAUUUAAUACGAAGUUAACGCUGAUUGCUGUGAAAAAGUCUUAAUUACCAUUGUUCUGUAUAAGGACACGAAGUUUCUGAUUACAUGUCUCUUUUAAUGUCAUCGUUAUAGAUUGGUUGGAUCUGGCGGUAAGUGUUAUGUUUUCUGUUAUUUUAAAUCAGUCUAAUAGCAACGUUAGGGGGUCCAGUUUCCUUGUGGUCAGCCGCUCCUUUCUAAACUUCAGAUGUUAUCAGAUGCUGCAGUGAUCACUUUCGGUUCCUAAAACAAGUUUUACGAUGGUACUGUGGAACCCAUUAAUCUCCUAUUUGUGGUAAAUGUGUAUGCACUAAAGUUGUUUCCACACGUGCAGGUACCGCACCUUUCAAAUCAAUGUGCAAAAACGAAAUUGGGACAGUGAACGUAAACAAUGAUUUGGGACUGCAAUCUGCUGGAAUCAUUGCUCAUGAAACUGGCCACAAGUAAGUUGUUAAGCCGAUAUAGCUACCUCGCUGUUUGUGUCCAGUUCCUUUGCCUGUGGUUAAUAACAACUUUUCUCCGGUUUACUAUACGGCAGAAUCUACAUGGUAGUCGAUUACGAAUAAUUCACUACCGUUCCGACAAAAAUGUCAGUUUUGGUAAAAUCAUAACAUGAAUGCCGACAAGACAGUAGGGUACGUAGUUUAGGCUUACAAGUACAAAACCCUAUUUUAACCCUGUCAAUCAAUGUCAUUUCAUUUUUCCCUUUAAGUUCGAUUUAACCGAGCAUAUUCCUCAUUAGGGGUCUUACUCGUUUUAACCCAUAAUUUUUUUUCCCUUUAGCUUUGGCCUGGGUCACGACGGUAGUGAAAAUCAAUGUAAGGGAGAUACGUACAUAAUGGCUGCAGUCCUCCCCAAUGGAGUUAAUGCCAUGACAUGGUCGACCUGUAGUGCAGACGAAAUGCAAACAUUCCUCAGGUAGUGUGUUAAAUAUCCAACGUUUGAUUCUCACGAAAAGGGACUUACAAGCCAUAAGUCAUCGUUCGAUAUUUUUUUGCUCUUCUUUUACGACAAAAUAUACUGAAGUCCAACUUAAGUACGUAAGGAAUCGAAGGAAGGUUUGUUGAUUCUGUUUGAGAACGAGGCGCUGCGUCGUAAGCAAUGGACAAUUCUACAAGGAUUGCGAGAUAAAUUAAGGACAGUCUUUAUUGAAGGAAUAUUUCUUUUGUAACACCGCGCCGGACUAAAAGAUUUUUUCAGCCAAUGUUUUCAAUAUUAAUAGUUUGCAAUCCAUUACGUGCAUUUCUACAUUGAUAUCCUCAUCCCUUUGUGUUUUCCUAUGAGCUCUCGGUCUUAGUUGUUGUUGUUGCUGUUUUUUUUUCUCGAUCAUCUAAAUGAAGCAACUCGGCCAAGCGACCACUUAAUAAAAUGACACUUUGGCCUUUCUUUGCCCGCCAAGGUCCACAUGUAAGAUACCUUUUAGUUCCCAUUAAAUAUCGUAGAAAAGACUACUAAAUCCAUAAAGUAAAGAGAUUGGUUGCUCAAGUACGAAACUACAACUUAAAUGCCACAUCUUCCUAUGGAAAUAUAAGGCACUAAAACAGACAUAAAUACCGGAAAAUAAAUACCAUAUCAUUUUACUCAUUUCCGGAACACUAUUCAUACAGAAGUAGCGAGUCCUCGUGUCUGGAUGAUGUGCCGACCGAAGUUCUUCCCACUCCCUCUCCUGAUGUAGCCGACUUAUCAGCCCUCCUCCCUGGUGAGAUUAUGGAUGGAGACACGCAGUGCAAAAGUCACUAUGGGGAAGCGUACAGGCGAUGCAGCCAACUAAGGGUAAAUCUUUAGAGAGCUUAAUUUCUCACAUUGAUUUAAAUCUAUCCUCCUGAAAAUUUGAUCUUCUGGAUGAAAAAUAUUUUUUAUAGUUCGCCUUCAUACCAAGGUUUUUAAAGAAUCAUUUCCUUCUGCGAUUUUUGUCUGCGGUUUAAUUUGGCCUCUGUGCCCUACUUACGCGAAAGAUAUGUCACUGUUUUUCAUUAUUUUUUAUCCUUUUUUUCUUAGAAAAACUGCACUUUAUACUGCACUUCAGAUGGCUAUUCAUGUAUAUCUCGAAGGGUUCCGGCUGCAGAUGGUACGAGUUGCGGAUCACGAGACGUACGUACAGAUGUUGUAUAAAGCGGCCUUUUACCGAUCAAUCGUUUUACAAAUUAAAAUUAAUUUUGGAUUUUUAUUUCACCAGUGGUGCAUUAAGGGAGAGUGCGUCGAUAAUGGACGUGCGCACGUUGAUGGGGGGUGGAGUAAUUGGUCAACUUACACCCAAUGUACUCGGUCCUGUGGGGGAGGGGUACAGCACAGGACAAGGACAUGCAAUAACCCUACGUAAGAAUUUUCCACCAUUUUGUAUUAAUUUGGUAACUAAAAAGUUGCUAGCAAGCCUCGUUCUUGACAAUUUCUGUUCUGUUAUCAACGACUUUAACGACUUAUUUGUGCAGCACUUAAUCGACAGAGUCAUAUUGGCCGUGGAUUUGUUAACUCUUCGGUCUAACCUGCCUCAGUUGAACUGAGGAGUUUUUCAUUAAUUUUCACUUAACCAUGAUCGUGACAACGUCGGAGAGUUGGAUUCCUUUAAUAUGCUAUGAUUUUCAUGGCAGUGAAUCGAACAAUAUGAAUGGUUCAAUUCUUAAAGGUUUCUGGGUUUCCAAUAUCUGUCGACUGUAACGAUGACACUAGUGUUGUAGACAAGGUUGACAAUUAUAAAAGCGAUUGCGAUUUACGACUAAGUGAUUCAUCGGUUUUGGGUCAGUAUUGUGAAAAACUGACGUAAGAUUGAAAAAGCUGCCCUCGUCGGCAGCAUUUUUGAAACCUUUUCAUUAUAAGGCCUUCCCAGUCAUGAAAUAACAUACCAUUGAUAGUUCUAUUUUCUUAUUGCACGUACCUCUGCACGCUAUAUCAGACCAAAGUACGGAGGGAAGAACUGUGACGGAUCAACCAUUGGUCAAUGGCGAACCUGCAACUUUAGGGUAAAACAGCUUUUGCCUAUAUCAGUUUGAUUGAAUAUGUAGAUUAACAGGUACAUCAUACCGAAAUAUAUCAUGCAGUGAUGGGCAGGAGUGAAAAAUUAGAUCUAAAAUGGAGUCAAAUAUUUAUUGCUCUGAGAUUUAGCCUUCCGUCUUAAACUUUUUAACCCUUAAACUCCCGUGAGUGAGUGAGGAGGCAGAAUUUCUCCUGAUAGUGUCAAUGCAAUAUCAAGCAGAUAAGUGAUGAGAAUAAAGAAAACUAGCGAUCAAGGGAUUUUUAGUUGAUUCAAUAUCAAAUUCUCCGAACUAACAUCAUAAGAAUUUUAUGACAGAUAGUAAAGCGAAUUACUGAUGAUAUCUUAGGAGUGAAAGGAUUAAAACAUGAGGUAACUAAAUUUAAGAGUCUUUAAUCUUAGCCCUACAAAGCAAUUAAUGUGAUCAAUAUUUGUAGCCUGACUAGAAAAAAAAAUAGCAAGCGCUUUUAGUUUCAGAUUAUUUUCACCUUCCACUAAAACUAUUAAAAUAGAAUAAUUUCAUUCUCUAUUAGCCAUGUGCCAACGAAACGAUUUCAUACAGAGAGAUGCAAUGCAAGGUGUACAACCAAGAUUUUGUGCCAUACUACCUUGGGUCAGGCAAGUAUUGAUAGAAAUAGAAUCACAUAUUGGUAAAAUGAUUAGAGCAGUGUCGAUUACAAUGAUGUAGCCCCUAAACGAAAAUAUCAGUGCUCAGUACUCUUAAGAAAUGGUAGCUUAAUGAAGUUUAUAUAUUUUGGUUUCCUCUAUUGGUAAAUUCAGUUUUAAUGAUCUGGACCCAAAUUAAAUUUCAUUUCCCUGGGCAGAUCUCUGUGGACUCUACUGCCGGAUUGGGAGCAGAGUCUCAAGACAUGGAAAAGUCAAAGAUGGAACUCGUGCAACAAAAGAUGAAUUUGUAUUUGACGUCUGCAUCAAAGGGACACGUGAGGUAUUUUAGUAUUUGGUAAUUACCCAACUUCCCCUUUCUCCUCCCUCCCCUCCUCCCACAACCAUUGGCAUGAACUAAUCUAUGGCCAACUAAGCUGCUUAUUCUUAUGCUAUUCUAAGCCUGUAGGUUGUGAUCAUUUGAUGUAUUCAAGGAAAAAAUUUGAUCGAUGUGGAAAGUGUGGAGGGAAGGCAGAUUCCUGCAAAGACGAAAUGGGUAGUUUUACAGAAAAGAUACAACGUAAGAAUUUAUGUUGAUUCAUUUUUUUUUUUGAAGCAUUGAUGAUGGCUGGUUACUAACGCGAUCUUUGAACGUUUACUUCCCCUUCUUCUCAACAUCAUUGUCGUCGUCUGAAUUAUCAUUAUUAUUAUCAUUUAAAAAAACUUUUAGCAUCAAGAUCAUUAAUUAUCGAAUAAGUGAUGCCUUUUUUUUCCCCAUCGCCGAGUGUUUGAACGUUACUCUUUUAAAACCUGCUUUUCAAAAUAAAUUUCGACAGAGCAGUGAACCUGAAUAAAUUUUUUUGCAGACGUUAAUGAGUCGGCCGUAAUUAAGAAACUUCCUCCUGGCACAGUUUACGCCUACUUCAGAAAGAAAAUCUCUAAGUCGCACAAUGUACUAGGUAAGUAAGAGGGCAACAUAGCCUUCAAUCAUGUUGAAUAGCACAGAGGAGCGACAUAAAAUAUAUUUUCAUAAACCGAUAUUUCGAAAAAGUCGAAUUUUUUGUUCAUUAUUUGAAUCAGUUUUAUGAUGGUGUUUUCCAGGCAUUCAAGACGUGUAUGGAAACUACCUUAUAAAUGUGCCUCAUACUUACUCUAAGACAAUAAAAUACGCUGGAGCUACAAUAACCUACAAACACGACGGAAUGCAAUACAGAGAUUCAUUGGAGAUCCGUGGACCUACCACAGAGACGCUGAAAGUUGUGGUAUUAUACUCAUGCCGAUUUAUUUUUAAUCUACUCCUUUACCAUAAAUUAAAUUACAAUCGCUUGCAUCACGAAACCAAUGAGGUCAAUAAUCCAUCCAUUCCUUAAUUAGUCAAAAUAUUCAUUCGUCAGAUAAUUAACCUUAUGUUGGGUUGGGUUGCAUCUGGUCAGUAAGUCUGGUUAGUCAGCUGGGUAAAACGUCAGUGGGUCAAUCAGCUAGCCGGCCAGUCAGUCAGUCAUUCAUCGAGUCAAUCAUUCAAUCAGUCAGUCUGAAAAAAGGUCAGUCAGUCAGCUGGUCACUAAGUAAACCAGGUAGCCACUCAGAAAAUAAGACGGUCAUCAAGUCAGCGUGUGUGUAAAACGUUCAGGCGGUCAAUCAGUUUGCCAAUCAGCCAGUUAAUGAGUCAGCCAGGCCAACCAGCCAGUCAGUUUUCCAGCCAAUCAGCAAGUUAGCCAGUCAGCAAGUCAUUCUUUAAGUCAGUCGGACAGUCAUUAACUUAGCCUUUCCGUCUUUAAAUCGGUGUGUUAGGCUGUCAAUUCCGAACGAUGGUCAGUCAUUGCAUGAACGGAAGCCAUUAUGUGUGCAUCAUUUUGUAAGAUUACCAAAAGUAAUCUAUGUAUUUACGUAACAUAAUUACUUUAUUAGGGAAUACAAAAAGUCCAUACUAAGUCUCUUGUCAACUCCAUGUGCUUUAAAAUUAAGAAAGCAAAAACUUGAGACUAUAGCUUUCUUGUCGUUUAUCAAUUAGUUCUUAAGAGUAAGGGAAGAGACCGCAGGAGUAGACUAUAUGUUAAAAAGGCCGCUUCUUCUCGGCGAAUCUGUGGAAAAUCUCUCAUACCAAUGGGUGCCUAUUUCACAUUGGUCAACAUGUUCUGUGACCUGUGGAGGAGGUAAGAUUAAAAUUAUCUCAUGGUCUCCAUUUUUUAAUCAAUCCAUUAAUUUCCUUAUUUUCUGGUUGUGUAAAGUACGUAGUAAUGAAUUAAAAAUCAGAGAAAACAAAAGAAGCUCAUAUAAAGCAAAAGCAAAAUUAUACGAAGAAAAAAAAUGGCCUUAUUCUUCACCAAUCUAUGGAAAAAGUUUAACAUGCCCAAGAAAGCUGACGUAUCAUAUCUUCAGUUAUUUCCCCUUCAACUUUAAGACAGUCUGAUUUCAGCUAAAAGUUUCCCUGAUGCUUUUAGCGAGUAGGAUGCAUCAAAUUUAAAAUUUGUCAAUGAAGGACACAAUAAGGUGAAAAAAAACGAAUUUUCCACAGAAAAACACCAUGACUCAUAAUUCUGUGUUUGUAGGUACUCAAACUCGAGAUGUGUUCUGCUUCCUCGCUCAAGAUUCUUCUGUUGUCUCCGAUGAAGCUUGUGGCUCACUCGCAAAACCAGCGAGCACCCAGAAAUGCAACACCCAAGCGUGUGAAGCUAAGUACGAACUGAAGUUGAUCGCUCAUGGUGACUCAUAGCUCUAUAUAACGUUAUAAAAACUGAUCAGACUUACAACUUCCUCUGAUGGUAUCCUGAAGAAUACAGGAGAAUAUCCGAUUAUACUACUUUGCACUGAAUAUAUCCUCACAAAGAACAAAUUUUUUUCAAUUUUGGGCAAUAUCUAACUAGGCUGGCCCACUUUAGUAAUAUGCCGGCUUUAAUGGAAGCCUGAUUAUGAAUCCCGAAAUCAAACCUCACUCGACCUCCAUGCAAGAAACCUCGUUCCCAUACCAAGACAAAUUACUAAAAAUAGUUUAACAUUUAUGUUGAACUCUGAAUUGAUACUAGUAGUAUAGUUUUUUCCAUGAUAUUUAUAUAUAGAUGGUACGUUGAGGAGUGGACGCCUUGUUCAAAAACGUGUGGGAGCGGUAUUCAAACACGAAAAGUGAUCUGUCAGCAGGAAGUGUCGUCAAAAACUGUUGUCGUAAAAAAUUCAAAAUGUCCGGCAAUAACUAAACCAGUUCUUUCUUCGAAAAAGAGAUCUUGUAAUGAGAUCGAUUGUCCCGCUGAGUGGGUUGUGGACUCCGCCUGGUCCAAGGUAAAAUGUUCACCAGUUUUGUCAGGGAUGCUGUCUUAAUUUCUCAACGAAAACAGAGAUUGUUCGUCAAAUCAUUUUGACACCACCUCUUACGUGAAGGUUUGGGACAGCCAAUGAGGAUUUAACACUCCAAGAUAUUAAGAUAUGGAUCCUGUUGUCAGAUUGGGAAAGUGAAAGAAUCCCUCCUUUUAUAUAAAAUGUAAUUCCUCGAUGAAAGAGUAAAUGUCUGCCUUCGGGACCAGACUGUUAAAGACACCUACAUUAAUACCCACUUUCCUUACAAAAGGCAAUUUCAUGGCAAAAACUAUACGAGUGCUAAAAGUGACUAAUGGCACUAAAUAACCUAUUUCUUCUCCUCUUUACAGUGUUCCACUACAUGCAAGCCAGGCAAAAUGACCAGACAAGUAGUGUGUCAAAAAAUCGACCAAAGUGGGGCAACAUCAACGGUGUCGGAUCUUGAAUGUGCCUAUCGGCCCAAUAAGCCAGUCACUCAGUUAGCCUGUCAUGUUAACAUCCCUUGCCCUGCUGAGGGGAACUCAAACGGUAAAUAUGCAUGAAACUAAUGGUAACACUAAUGGUAACACGGUAAUUCUCUAAUUGCUGACGUCAUAGACCUCUGGUUAAAAUUGAUGGUCAGGUUAAAGCCUAGCUGACCUCAUUGUGUUGUGUUUUUGGGGCAGGAUGCUUUAUAAUCGUUAUGCUUCUCUACCCAUUCAUACUGGGUUUUAGCUAACUGUCGCAGGAAAUCGAAAAAAUGCAAUGGGUGACCAAUGUGUAAACGGCAUACCAUUAAGAGGUAUUUGCUGAUGCUAGAUGUCUCUUGCCAUGGAAAUUAGGAUAAACGCAACUAGUUUUUAGAGUACAUCUGCUGACAUGAAACUCGUUUGAUGAUGUUUGGACACAUUAUUGAACGUUUUUAUUUAUUUAAUUAUAUAUUUAUUUUUUUAAAUAAAGGAGAAACGUCUAAAUGUAAUCCUACUAUCAAAUAAAUUAGGACCAUCUAAAAAAGACAUACAAAGAUUCAAAAUGGAGUUCAUCUAGCAGCUUUAUUUACUAUUAUCAAUCAAUAAUAAAAAUUAUGAUAAUUCAAAAACAUCUCGAUCACAAUAUAAGCUAAUCGUGUGAAAAGUGGAAGAGAUUGACUAAGGGACGACCCCGGAGGGCAAUGGAGAGGGUGGUUAAAGAUGUUAACACCACUUGAAAUAUUUGAAAACUUUCGUUUGUGCAUACUGUUGAAAUUUAAGUCAAAAUAUGUUUGUUAUUCUAACAGGAAAAGGCAUUUGCGAUGAAGUGAACCCUUGUAAGAAUGGAGGAAUUUGUACUGGCAACUCUGUUAAUCACCCCUGUUUGUGUCAGGCUGGUUUUACCGGUUCAUACUGCGAAGGUGUGAGAUGCUUCCCGUUUAAUUAUUUACCAUUAUUUGAAUAUUUAGGAAAACUUUAGUCGCUUUUUAAUUUUAAAUAGGAUGUUAUGAGCUAAAACCAAACGUAUUGUAAAAAAUGAAUGCUGAAUGAAAUAAAGAAAAAUUUUAAAAACGCAGCCAGAGAGAGAUUAAAUGUAAGAGGCACGAUAGACCUACUGAAGCUUAUGGCGAGUGCAUUUCUUUGCACUGAAUCGGUUGCACAAAGACUGAUUAUUUACACUAACUUCGAAUUGUUGGGGAAAAUUCGGCGAAACUUUACAACUAUGUUUUUCUACAGUUAAGAGGGACCCUUGUGAAAGCAAUCCGUGUGUAAAUCAAGAAAUCUGUUCUACUGAUGUGAAUUCACCUCUUGGAUACACUUGUCAAGGUAAACCAUCAAGAUCGUGCCAAAUACAGUUUAUAGCGUUGUGUUUCUGAACAAUGCAUGUGACUUCCACAUUGCCUCUUACGGCUCAAUAAGAGGCAAUGAUACCGACGAACCGUUUGAGGAGGUUCAAGGAAUUGCUCAAAGCUUACUGCAAUGAGCCAUUAUCUCGUUAAAGAGGAUUCACAGUAGCUCGUAAGGUUUGAAAUAAUUUAUACUUUAUUUUUACUGGUUAGAGCCAAGUUAUCCAUGCGAUAGCAGCCCAUGUUACAAUGAUGGUGUUUGUGUAAACGACAAAGUAGACUCUUCAAAAUACCAUUGCCAAUGUCCUCCCUGGAUAACUGGAACUAACUGUGAAGGUUUGUUAGGCGUAUAUGUGCUAUUGUCUGAAUUUUCAUAACAUGAAGAAAACUAACGAUCCUAGCCAUAUGGUAUCAAUAAAACUUUCAUAAUCAAUCAAUUUAAGGUUGUCAAUAUUUUUAAUUUUGAAAUCUUAAAAUCUCCAUAGCUCUCCAGAAAAAUACUAACAUAAAUCCAAAAUUUGUCUCAGAUUCAGGAUUUCUGGUAUCACCUAAAUAUAUUUUUUGGCCCUUUACACCAAGAGCUAAUUGUUUACUCUCAUGUAAUCUUAUAAAAUGAAGGCUGUGUUUACUAUUCUUUCAACUCGUUAGUUUUGUCGAGUGCAUGUGAUUCCAGCCCGUGUGUCAACGAUGGUUACUGUAGCAGUGAUCCAGCCAAACCAUCUGAGUAUAAAUGUGCUUGCAGUGAAUGGUUCAAGGGAAAAAAUUGUGAAGGUAGGAUAGACAUGAUACCGAAGCUUGAGCGUAUGUUAAUGUUAAGUCAUGGUUUUCCUCACGCCACGUCGCUAUUUUAUUUGCAGCUAUGUUAAAUUUUAAAAAAAAGAUUCGGUAGUUAGAUGCAUGGUUAAGUCCUUCCAAUCUGGGUCGAGAGGGGUUUGGUUCGAACCAUGACCGGGUAGUCGUGUUGCGUCCCUGGGCAAUAGACUUCACUCUCUCAGUGUCUCUUUCCAUCAACGAAAAGAAAUUGAUCUGAAAACCAAUUUUUAGGUCAGUUUAAUAAGGGUUUACUUGCAAUUAACUAACAUCCCUUAUGCCAUGAAAGCUAUUAAAGCUAUGAUUGCCAGGAGAAGCUCCACAGUAACAGAGCACUUUCAGUGAAAGUAUAUCACUAUUAGACGAUCAGUUCGAUCGAUUAACUGCUUUUUUCUGGUUAUUUAUUAAUUAUUUGUCUUAGCGCCCUUUUGGUAUAUUGUAUCUGAGUGAAAAUUACCCUUCAGCUCGACGGUCAUCUGACUUUGGUCCUACAACCCGACGGUAAUUGCAUUAGCAAUGCUGUUUCGUUCUUUCUCCUCUGCAGUUCAAAUCUUCCCAUGUGAUAGCAAACCUUGCGUUAAUGGUGGAUCAUGCAGUAACGAUCCAAGUGACAUCUCAAAAUAUCACUGCAAGUGUCCCAAAUGGUUUGUUGGAGACAAAUGUCAAGGUAACAGUAUUAAUAUGUAGUUACAAUAAACUGUUCAAUAAUGGCCGCAUCAUUAAUUAAUCCACUGUCCACAAAAAUGUGAAGACGUAAAACGAUUCACUUGUCAACUGUUGGCCGACUGCGUGCAAAUCGAGCAUUCUUGGAGAGCUCCGGUUGAUAUGCUUGCAAAAAGCUUUCGAUUUCCAUUAAGAUAAACAGAUGGAGCAGAACAAUUUAUGUCAUGGUCACACAUCUCAUUCAAUUCUCUUUCAAGUUAUGGUCAUGCCCUCUCCCUUUUCUCCUUUUCAUCAUUUCUCAUACCAUCGCGCAGAAUGCCUAUCGUUCUCGAGACAUUUACUUGCAGUGGCGAAAAAAUUUUAGAUCUGUAGUGUUAGCUACGAAGCGUGCACAAGCUGGUUUUAUUGGUCGUGAUUUUGUGCCCCUCCCUUCACAGGGAACAUUGUCAUAACUUAUUAACUUGUCAGGGUGGAGUUAUGAAACAAAGGCCGCUUAAUAGUGAUUGUUUGUGCUAUUAUUUCGUUUCAUCACAAACCUACCCCAGGGGCCUUAAAAGCUGGCUAUCCAAAAUACUUAAGCUUACCAAAGGCCGUAUGCGGUUGAAUUUCUGCUAGAGGCAAUUGCAUGCCAGAAUCUUGUUGAAAUUUGUAAAAUCAACAAUCUUGGAUGUCCAUCUCUCCUGCCAACCAUGCAACAACAAAUCUCAAACUAAUUGUUGCUUUGGCACUAGUUAUCAACCAAGACAAUUAAAUAAAAGGAAGAAAUGGAAACAAAGUUUUUACUUUCUAGACAAACAAACAAUAUGUGACGCAGCUAAUCCGUGCAGGAACGGAGGGACUUGUAAAAGCAGUUUAGAUAAUCCUGCAGAGUACAGUUGUGAAUGUGGAGACUGGUUCCUUGGAAAAGACUGUGAAGGUGAGCUGAAAUAAUCUUUGAUCUUUGGUUUUUUAUGUGUGUGUGUUUGUGAUAAUUACCAUGACGUCCCCAUGAAUAAUUUACAUUUCCUGUAAGGAACUACCACAAGCCCUUUAAUUGUUGAUCUUGAAUUUUUUUCAAAUUUUUUUUGUGGUACGAUGGUUUUUCAUCUUGUGUGGUAUUCCCCUCAAAACGUUUAUGAAUCAUUUCCAUAUCCUGAGCGGUAGAUUUUCCACAUUUUUUUUCAGUGCAUAACAAUAAGGAAGGCUCUACUUACUAGGGAAAAUCUAUGUUGUUGAACAUGUCAGCAAGCAGUUUUGGAAUCUUUAUUUUUUCAGUCCAAAGGUAUCCGUGUGACAACAAACCCUGUGUGAAUGGAGCCACCUGUAGUAAUGACGAUCAAGAUGUUUCAUUGUAUCACUGUCACUGCACCGACGGCUACAGCGGGAAAAACUGUCAGGGUAGGAGGUUUUUCGAAAACUACCAACUACAUACGUAAAUCAUUUUGUUCCACGAUCGAUAUUUUCCGUCCAAAUUAAAAACCUGGUUUUAUGUAUUGCUUUAGAUUAUAUUUUCAAUGGGAAAAGGUGGGACGUUACAUCACUGAAAAACACCAAACGAAAUUUCAAGAGAUACAUCCUCUCCACGCUUAAAUCCUCGGUAACUGACUGAAAUAGAAAAAAAAGUGACCAUGAAACCUUUCACAAAUUGUUUUCAGUUCCCAACUUCAGAGAAAUCGCCUGUUUCAACACUGGUUCUAGCCUCCUCUCUGACAUACUUGGUGACUUUAAGUCCCAGGUUGCAGAUGAAAAGCAUCAGGAAGUAAUAGGUGCAUGCGCUGAGUUGGCGUUUGAUAAAGGCUACAAGUUCUUUGCACUGGGAUAUAAUGGCGUAUGUCGAUCAGGACCGAACGCCCGGGAUGAGUAUCACAAAGAAGGUGCCACUAGUGAUAGCAAUUGUCCGAAUGGCAUCGGCAUCAGUAAACGUAUUGCUGUUUACACAUUUGGUAAGUUCCACGUUGAUAAUAUUUGUUCAAAACUUUAAUAAAAAUAUAUUGACAAUUAAUAAUAUGAUCAUAGAGGAAAAAACGACAAUAAAAAACGACGGGUACAACACAUUUGUGACAUUUGAAACGCUAAUAUGAUCAAGGAGGCGUCUGAGAAAGAAAAGCAACAAUGAGAUCACAAAAAAAGAAUGCGAUUGUGUGCAUGAAUCAAGGAUCGACAAUAAGUCAGUCGAUCAAUGAAUAAAACUAUGCAAGAUAAGCAAGAUGAGAUUACUUUGUCAAUGUAAGCCUGAGGUUCCAUUGUAACCUGCAUGACAUUAAGUCAAAAGAUGAAAAAACAUGGACUAUGAAAAGAACUUGGGGACUGUCGCACUGAUGCAAAAAUAGUUGACAACUACAAAACCUAUGGAUGGGUGCAUCAUUGACCAAUUUUGUAUAUCAAUGGUCCAAACGUGUAAGAACGAGCGUACGUGCGUGGUACAUUUCAGCGAUCCGAAUAGGUACCGCUGUGAAUGUGGCGAUUGGUUCACGGGAAAUAAUUGCGAAGGUAAGGUCGUUAUAAAAAAUUGUACAAACAUACAAUUGUAAACAAAAGGGGAAAAAAAGAAAACACAAAGGGUUCAUGAUUUGGCGUUUGUUUAUUGCCCAACAAUCGGCAAAGUUCACAAAAUACUAAAUAAGCCAAGUUAAACAGAGAACAACAGUGUUUUAAAAAGAUGGAUUGCCUGCUACGGUUUUUUGAUCCAACGAGUUUAUUCAGUUUUUGGGAGGUCUUCACUGUCAACCAUUAAGGGAGAAAACAGAAUCUUGUCAGUUUUAGGAAACAUUAAUCUCAGACUCAGUAAAUGAAAUUCAAACGCUUCAUCGAGCAUUCUAUAUCUGCCGGAAACACUAAUAUCAUAUUUUCAUUUCUCUCCGCAGUUCAAAUUUACCCGUGCGACAGCAAACCUUGCUUAAAUGGCGCCACUUGUAACAACGAUCCCAAAGACAUCUCCAAAUACAAGUGCAAAUGCGCAGCCUGGUUUACUGGAACAAACUGUGAAGGUAAAAAAAAUAGGGACCCCAGGUUGUUGUGUUGAAAUGAAAUCUUAAUCUUAAUCCGGGAUUGCAUUGCUUAUGCAACAUAAUCGGCCCAUAAACUUGUGCGACGCUCUCAACCAAUCUGAUGGAAAACUUAACGCAAUCAUGACUUGGUUACCUGCGUUUUCCUGCAGAAAGGCUGUUGGCUUAUUUGUAUUAUGAGUUUUAUUUCGCUCUGAAGAGUAUUUCCUUUCUUCCGUUGGGCUGUAAUAAUUACUUUGGUUUUGCUUCUACGACACUAAAUCGAAAAGUGCUGUAACAGUACAAAACCUUCUGUAUUGUGCCAUGCAAGAGCAACAUCUUUUAAUUUUAUUUUAGUUGCUCAAACAAUUUGUGAUACUGAUAAACCAUGUCUAAAUGGAGGGCAAUGUUCAAGUUCCUCAAGCAAGCCGCACAAAUAUUCGUGUGACUGCGGAGACUGGUUCAAAGGAAUUAAUUGUCAAGGCAAGUUCAGAUUUUUUUCCAUACAGAUACUUUCUACUAUGGGCACAGUGAAUUACGUUCAAGAAUUAUUGUGGUAGAUGCCAAGAGAGAAAAACUGCUCUGCCGAGGUGGCCAACGCCCAUGUAUCGCUUAUUUUUUGGCAUAGUUUCCUGAUGCUUUAUCUUUUUUUAGUGUGGUAGUCUAUAAAAGAGGUGUAGAACCUUUCAUUUAAUUGCUUACCUUUUGAGUAAAAAGGAGUCGAAAUAAAUUAAGAAUGAAUGUGCUCUAUGAUAGCGCCUUGGAAAUUUUUUUUUAUAGUUCGAUUGUUCCCGUGUGACAACAAACCCUGUGUGAACGGAGCCACCUGUAGUAAUGACGACCAAGAUGUUUCAUUGUAUCACUGCCACUGUACUGAUGGAUACAGUGGGAAAAACUGUCAAGGUAGGAAGUUGCUAACCAUUUUGAUUCCUUGAAGAAUUCACCAACUACAUACUUUCCAACGGUGAAGACACAAGCAGAUUGAGAUAAGAGCAUCACGCUGUAACUUAAAGUAACGUAAUAACCAUCAAGCUAAAAUUUUAGUUUCUAAUAAAACAGUGAUAUAAUAUGGCAUCAAAAAAUUAUUUUUUUAUUUCUGCAACGAUUACAAAAUUUUGGGGUGCAAAUCCCGAGUGCGUUGCUUGGAGGUGAAUAGAAAAGGAUCUUCGUAGUUUGAGUAGCCAAUCAAAGCACGCCUUCAGUCAACGCUGUCUUCUGUUUUAAUAAAUACUUAAAGUGUCAUGUCUACAGGUAGGAAGUCUGACCGCCGGAUCUCAUUCUAAUUUCUUUAAAUCAAGAGACAAUGAGUAUUACUAACCCUUCAUCAUAAACUAUCAAUGUGAUAUGCAAUCUUUUCUCAGUCCCUACAUUUAGCAAAAUCGCCUGCUUUAACACUGGUUCCAGUUUCCUCCCUGACAUACUCGGUGACUUUAAGUCUCAAGUCGAAAAUAACAAACAGCAAGAGGUUAUCAGUGCAUGCGCUGAGUUGGCGUUUGAUAAAGGCUACAGGUUCUUUGCACUGGGAUAUAAUAGCUUAUGUCGAUCAGGACCAAACGUAAGGGAUGAGUACCACAAAGAGGGCGCCACCAGUGAUAACAACUGUCCGAAUGGCAUCGGUGUUAAUAAACGUAUUGCUGUGUAUACAUUUGGUAAGUCACUCGCAGAGGAUAAAAAAAAAAACUGUUCUGUCAAUGUGGACUUCAACUGAUAUCGCUGCAUGGAUACAAAAUGCACCCAAAAAAAGUCGCUAAAAGUUUUUAGAGAUCUUGUAGAUCUCUUAUAGAGAUAAAUAACUAGGGUCCCUUUACUGACUUCGUGAAGUAGGUUGUGAUUCUAAAUAGUCGCUUCGACUACCCACCACAAAUGUCAAUUUACAAGGCGAUGUGUCAUUGCCCAUAACGCAUAGUGCUUCAAUGUGGUUGGCUAUUUUUAGGACCUCGGUCUUACUGGCGACGGCAUGUUUGCGGUGGAUUGAUAUUAACAGUUAUCUAAAUUUUCCGACCAAUUUUUUGGCGUUGACUAACACUUUUGAUUGUUAAGAAUUCUACGAAUCAUAAGCUGAGGCUUUGGCUAAGCAGUGAGAUGAACAUAUAUUCAUAUGGGUCUUAUUUAAUAAACUAAUUAUUUCGUUUCUGGAUAAAAGCUAGGAAACAUUUUUCAAAUCCCUUUGUGUUCUACAGAGUUACUUCCAAAGCAAAUUAGUCUGGGAUGUUUUAAAGAUAAAAAGUCAUCUCGACUACUUAAUAUAAAGUUUGGGAGUUUCUCGAGUUCAUAUGAUGCACAGAAUCCAUACGAGAUGGUCAUCAGAUGUGCUCACCUCGCCCGAGAUAUGGACUAUGAAUACUUUGCAGUGCAGAGCUCUGGCGACUGUCGCACAGACUUAGAUAUUGUCGAAAACUACAAAACCUAUGGGGAGGCCUCCCCAGACAAGUGCCAGGGAGGAGUGGGUGCAUCACAAACCAACUAUGUAUACAGGCUGAGACCUGCUUUUACUGGUCCAAACGUGUGCGAUACUGUACCAUGCAAGAACGGAGGGACAUGCGUGGUGCAUUUUAAUGAUCCGGAUAAGUACUACUGCGAGUGCGGCAGUUUUUUUCAUGGAGACAAAUGUGAAAGUGAGUAUUCCAGACAAUGGAGGAAAAAUAAAAAACGCUAAUCCAAAUUAGUUCAAUUUUAUUGACGGCACUGACGGGCUGACCCACUGAUUGUCUAACUGACUGAUUCUGAUUGGCAAAUUGCUUGACUGACAGAGAGACCGACUGAGUGGCUUAACUAAGGAUUUGAUUAAAUUUUGUUGUCUCUAAGGAACUCUUUAUGUAACAAGUGGACAGGCCUCGACGAUAUCUGAAACCUCCUAUUAUUAUCAUUCCCAUAAUAAGCAAUUAUUAUGCCGAGGUCUGAGUUAUCUGCCAGAACCGAAGUCUGAGGCAGAUAACACACGAGGUUCAAUAACUCAUGAUAUCAUGCAAACACGGAAUUCAACAAUUGUCUUAUCAUACGUAUUUUACACAAUUAUUGAUAUCGUUAACAUUAUUUUCCUUUACGUGCUGUUAACUACUGAUCUCAACUCAGCGAUCUCUUCUGCCUUUGCCUUUCAGGAGCAGUAAAAACGUAAACGUGUAACUUUAUGGCUUCCGAUAUCUUUAAUUGAAAGUCUAUCAUGAUCCAAUGUCAAAUGAUCUUUUCUUUUAUAUAGUCAAUAUCCUGAAGAGUGCGUAGAGAGAUCAGUAUUGGUGUUAGGAAUUUAUGUACAAUAAUAAAAUGAUGUGCAAAGAUAGUUUCUAAUCUGUUACCUUUGAUGAGAAGAAGAUCCUGCUCGUUACAUUUUUGGAAUUUUAAGCCCAGCCGCGACGUGAAUAGAAAAUGAAAGUAUUCAUCUAACGUAAAGAUCGGCAUUGAAAGUCCAACGAAGAAUCUAAUAGAAAUAUUGCAUAUUGUCAUAAGUUCAUUCUGUCAGGCUUACCGUUUUCAUAACUUCAAUCUGCAAAAGGGUAAAUAGAGAUGGUAUGCAUUAAGUUACAGCAGUUUCCCUCUUUACCUUGGGAUUUCCAAACUUUUUUUUAUAGAGAAAAAAAGUGGAGUUCGAUUUAUAUGGAGGCGCAGAAUUGUAAAUGUUAUUUUCGAACUUUAAAAUCCAUAAGUGAGGGCACGAAGCCGAUAUUCGUGCAGAACGAGGAAACAAACUUGAUAUUCCCGCCCGACCCACUGCAUUUCUCAGCUGGUUCCUAAUUAGAAAUGAAAAAAGGAAGUGAUUACGAUAGUCACCAAUCAAAUGUCCUGAACCAGAUCGAUAUAAUCAGCUUGCCUCUUUCCGACACGGAAAUCAUCAAAACCAUUUACAUAGCUACAGGAUUCUAAUAAAAAGGGAAAUAGCAAUAUAAAAGAAUUCUAAGAGAGAGAAGCAAAUCCUGCCCCGUCUGUUUUCGCCACGUCGCGCAAUUCCUUUCCAGGUCCUUUUCACCAAAAAAGCUCGAGUAGGCUUGGGGAGUGCGCUUUUUGAUGGGCAAUGAGACCGCAUGUGAGCCGAAAUGAUUUAUAAUCGCUAUCUGGUUGUCAAACACAUCUCAGUUUGGUGUAACUUUUAUCGAUCACUCACGAUCUUCGCCCCCAUGUCAAAUAUAUUAAAUUAGACUCAAUAGUUGAGAUCUUCUGCAUACAAUGCCCUCAUCUAUACUAAACUACAACAGCUGUUUAAACACUCGCGUCUUAGGCAUAAUUGAGAUCUUUGUAACGAUAAGUCCCUGUGUAUAUGCGCAUGCCUACUGCCGGCUUCCUUAAUACCUCAAUCUUUUAGAAAAUGUCAAAGCUUUGUAGAUGUCAUCUUCAGCACAUUGAAUAUUGUUUGUUUGCUUUUUUUCAGAUCAAAUAUUCCCGUGCGACAGCAAUCCAUGUCAAAAUGGUGCCACUUGUAAAAACGAUCCUGAAGACAUUUCCAAUUACAACUGUCAGUGUGCAAAAUGGUUCACUGGGAUAAACUGUCAAGGUAAUUGUAACAUUAAUUCCGCUUAUUUUACUUAAAAUUUAGAAUACAUGGGUCAUUCCUAAACUAAUGUUUAAGGUACCCAACUAAUAUUAAAGGCCCCGUUAGCUCGAAGGGUGAAUAAUGCUUUGCACUACAUAAAUCUCUUGGCAGAUAGUACGGUACAUUUUUCUGCUGGGACACUUAUCCGCGUGAUCCAUAGCAAGUUAUGCCUUGGAUGGCGCAAUCCGUCCUCUGAACAUCUGGCCCGCUAUAAUAGAUUUUAAUGUUCAGAAUACAUCAAUACAGGAAUACAUGCCCCGUUAGCUCGAAGGGUUGAAAACGCUAUGUACUAGAUAAAUCUCUCGGUGGAUAGUGCAAUAAAAGUUUCUGUUGGGACACUUGUCCGCUAGAUCGACAGCAAUUAUUCCUUGAACAACUUGCCUCUUAAAAUAGAUUUUAAAGGUCAGAAUACAGGAAGUCUAAUACAAAUAUUAGUUUUCCCUUUCAAUGGCAUCAUUUUUAUUAUGUAAGACCCUUGUCACUUUGCAAUGUAACAAUGCACUUUUCAUACAGGGAACGAUUCCAGCGGUUAAGUCUAAAACAAUGCCUAAUCCGGCAGAAAUUAGUUUGUCCAUGUGGUACAGUGUGCUCGGAUUCUUCUUUAACUUAGAAUUCUGACAACUGUUAUGAAACAAAUUUUCCUCAAAUAUCUUUCAAGUGCAACUCCGUCUAUAAAUCACUAAAUUGUAAACCGUUUGGUAUGUUACGCUGUCUUAUAUCAGUUCCAUCUUUAUGGCGAUGAUUUUUUUCAGUUGCACAGACCAUUUGUGAUACUGAUAAACCAUGCCUUAAUGGAUUGAACUGUUCAAGCAACACAAGUAGCCCUGCUCAAUACAAUUGCGAUUGCGGAGACUGGUUCAAAGGCAAAAAUUGCGAAGGUAUUUUUUAAGACUCGGUUCUGUCUCCUGUAUAACGAUCUAACGUCCUGUUACGGUUUAGCCGCUGUGUAAAUACCUCUUUUUUAAAUAUGAAUGGGUUUGAAGUUAAACUGCUUAAAUAAAAGAUUUUUAAUAAUGAGAAAUAUUUAAAAUUGCUAUCUAUUAACUAUACCCUGUCAAAAAAGAUCCAUAGCUUGAUUUUAUUCCGUUGUUAAAGUUCGUCUAUUCCCGUGUGACAACAAACCCUGUGUGAACGGAGCCACCUGUGUGAAUGACGACCACGAUGUAUCACUGUAUCACUGUCACUGCACUGACGGCUACAGCGGGAAAGACUGUCAGGGUAAGAAAAAAUCUAAGUAUUUGUCCAAUGUCUUUUAUUUAGCGCAUAUGUGUUGAAUAUAGUGGUACCAGGUUGGCUGAUCGGCAAGUGUAUGUCAUCUCUUCCUAGUUCCUUCUUACAGCAAAAUCGCCUGCUUUAACACUGGUUCCAGUUCCCUCCCUGACAUACUCGGUGACUUUAAGUCCCAAGUCGCACAAAAUAAGCAUCAAGGGGUUAUCAGCGCAUGUGCUGAGUUAGCGUUUGAUAAAGGCUACAAGUUCUUUGCACUGGAAUAUAAUGGCGUAUGUAGAUCGGGUCCGAACGUCCAGGAUAAGUACCACAGAGAAAGCGCCACCAGUGAUAACAAUUGUCCGAAUGGCAUCGGUAUCAAUAAACGUAUGGCAGUCUACACCUUCGGUGAGUUAUUUCUUUCAAAAUUGACUUUCUAUCGGUUCAUACAGCAAUGUAAUUUACCGCCACCUAGUAAGCUUCAUUCAGGGGUCGCCGAGUUGCAACGCAGAAAAUCUUCAUGAUAAAAUACAUUGAGCUCUUAUUUUUACUAUCUCUAGAACUGGUAGCUGUCAACGAGCUAAAAGCUCCAUUCUUUAAUCAGUUCAAGUCCGAUCACGUACUGCUCGCCAGGGACAGUAGUUAUUUCUCUAUCUUAUAUACUUUUCCCACUAGUCUUUGAUUCCGGCUUGCCUUACAGAAACUACUCCCAAAACGAAUAUCUGUUGGAUUUUUUGAGGAUUAGUUUACUGAAAGUUAUCACAACUGUUCAAAAUUGAGCGUAGAAGUUUCCUAAUGCACACGAUGUAAUGAACCCGGAGGUCAUCAGAGGCGUCCAUCUUGCACAUCUAAAAUUACGCUGAUCUUACUGAAUAAUUGUAUCUCAGUGUUCAUAUUUAUUUUGCUUUUUAGAACUACUUCCAAAGCAAAUCAGUCUAGGAUGUUUCAAAGAUAAAAAGUCAUCUCGACUACUUAAUAUAAAGUUUGGGAGUUUCUCGAGUUCAUAUGAUGCACAGAAUCCAUAUGAGAUGGUCAUCAGAUGUGCUCACCUCGCCCGAGAUAAGGACUAUGAAUACUUCGCGGUGCAGAGCUCUGGCGACUGUCGAACAGACUUGGAUAUUGUCGAAAACUACAAAACCUAUGGGGAGGCCUCUCCAGACAAGUGCCAGGGAGGAGUGGGUGCAUCACAAACCAAUUAUGUAUACAGGCUGAGACCUGCUUUUACUGGUCCAAACGUGUGUGAUACUGUACCAUGCAAGAACGGAGGGACAUGCGUGGUGCAUUUUAAUGAUCCGGAUAAGUACUACUGCGAGUGCGGCAGUUUUUUUCAUGGAGACAAAUGUGAAAGUGAGUAUUCCAGACAAUGGAGGAAAAAUAAAAAACGCUGAUGCAAAUAAGUUCAAUUUUAUUGACGGCACUUACGGGCUGACCCACUAAUUGUCUAACUGACUGAUUCUGAUUGGCGAAUUGCUUGACUGACAGACAGACCAACUGAGUGGCUUAACUGAGGAUUUGAAUAAAUUUUGUUGUCUCUAAGGAACUCGUAAUGCAACAAGUGGACAGGCCUCGACGAUAUCUGAAACCUUCCAUUAUUAUCAUUCUCAUAAUAAGCAAUUAUUAUGCCGAGGUCUGAGUUAUCUGCCAGAACCGAAGUCGGAGGCAGAUAACACACGAGGCUUAAUAACUCAUGAUAUCAUGCAAACACGGAAUUCAAUAUCGUUAACAUUAUUUUCCUUUACGUACUAUUAACUACUGAUCUCAACUCAGCGAUCUCUUCUGCCUUUGCCUUUCAGGAGCAGUAAAAACGUAAACGUGUAACUUUAUGGCUUCCGAUAUCUUUAACUGAAAGUCUAUCAUGAUCCAAUGUCAAAUGAUCUUUUCUUUUAUAUAGUCAAUAUCCUGAAGAGUGCGUAGAGAGAUCAGUAUUGGUGUUAGGAAUUUAUGUACAAUAAUAAAAUGAUGUGCAAAGAUAGUUUCUAAUCUGUUACCUUUGAUGAGAAGAAGAUCCUGCUCGUUUCAUUUUUGGAAUUUUAAGCCCAGCCAGGACGUGAAUAGAAAAUGAAAGUAUUCAUCUAACGUAAAGAUCGGCAUUGAAAGUCCAACGAAGAAUCUAAUAGAAAUAUUGCAUACUGUCAUAAGUUCAUUCUGUCUGGCUUACGGUUUUCAUAACUUCAAUCUGCAAAAGGGGAAAUAGAGGCGGUAUGCAUUAAAUUACAGCAAUUUUCCUUUUUAGCUUGAGAUUUGCAAACUUUUUUUUAUAGAGAAAAAAAGCGGAAUUCGAUUUAUAUGGGGGCGCAGAAUUGUAAAUUUUAUUUUCGAAUUUUAAAAUCCAUAAGUGAGGGCACGAGGCCGAUAUUCGUGCAGAACGAGGAAACAAACUUGAUAUUCCUCCCCCGACCCACUGCAUUUCUCAGCUGGUUCCUAAUUAGAAAUGAAAAAAGGAAGUGAUUACGAUAGUCACCAGUGUCCUGAACCCGAUCGAGAUAAAUCAGCUUGCCUCUUUCCGACACGGAAAUUAUCAAAACCAUUUACAUAGCUACAGGAUUCUAAUAAAAAGGGAAAUAACAAUGUAAAAGAAUUCUCAGAGAGAGAAGCAAAUCCUGCCCCGUCUGUUUUUGCCACGUCGGGCAAUUCCUUUCCAAGUCCUUUUCACCAAAAUAGCUCGAGUAGGCUUGGGGAGUGCACUUUUUUGAUGGGUAAUGAGACCGCAUGUGAGCGGAAAUGACUUAUAAUCGCUAGUUGGUUGUCGAACCCAUCUCAAUUUGGUGUAACUUUUAUCGAUCACUCGUGAUCUUCGCCCCCAUGUCAAAUAUAUAUUCAAUUAGACUCAAGAGUCUAGAUCUUCUGUAUACAAUGCUCUCAUCUAAAAUAAACUCCAACAGCUGUUUAAACACUCGCGUCCAAGGUAUAAUUGAGAUCUUUGUCAUGAUAAGUCCCUGUAUAUAUGCGCAUGCCUACUGCCGGCUACCUUAAUACCUCAAAUCUUUUUGCACAUUUCAAAGCUUUGUAGAUGUCAUCUUCAGCACAUUGAAUAUUGUUUGUUUGCUUUUUUUCAGAUCAAAUAUUCCCGUGCGACAGCAAUCCAUGCCAAAAUGGCGCCACUUGUAAAAACGAUCCUAAAGACAUUUCCAAAUACAACUGUCAGUGUGCAAACUGGUUCACUGGGAUAAACUGUCAAGGUAAUUGUAACGUUAAGUCCGCUUAUUUUACUUAAAAUUUAGAAUGCAUGGGUCAUUCCUAAACUAAUGUUUAAGGUACCCAACUAAUAUUAAAGGCCCCGUUAGCUCCAAGGGUGAAUAACGCUUUGCACUAGAUAAAUCUCUUGGCGGAUAGUACGGUACAUUAUUCUGCUGGGACACUUAUCCGCGUGAUCCAUAGCAAGUUAUGCCUUGGAUGGCGCAAUCCGUCCUUUGAACAACUGGCCCGCUAUAAUAGAUUUCAAUGUUCAGAAUAAAUCAAUACAGGAAUACAGGCUCCGUUAGCUCGAAGGGUGGAUAACGCUAUGUACUAGAUAAAUCUCUCGGCGGAUAGUGCAGUAAAUGUUUCUGUUGGGACACUUGUCCGCUAGAUCGACAGCAAUUAUUCCUUGAACAACUUUCCUCUUAUAAUAGAUUUUAAAGGUCAGAAUACAGGAAGUCUAAUACAAAUAUUGGUUUUCCCUUUCAAUGGCAUCAUUUUUAUUAUGUAAGACCCUUGUCACUUUGCAAUGUAACAAUGCAAUUUUCAUACAGGGAACGAUUCCAAUUGUUAGGUCUAAAAAAAUGCCUACUCCGGCAGAAAUUAGUUUGUCCACGUGGUACAGUGUGCUCGGAUUUUUCUUUAACUUAGAAUUCUGGCAGAUGUUAUGAAACAAAUUUUCCUCAAAUAUCUUUCAAGUGCAAUUCCGUCUAUGAAUCUCUAAAUUGUAAACCGUUCGGAAUGUUACGCUGUCUUAUAUCAGUUCCAUCUUUAUGGCGAUGAUUUUUUUCAGUUGCGCAGACCAUUUGUGAUACUGAUAAACCAUGCCUUAAUGGAUUGAACUGUUCAAGUAACACAAGCAGCCCUGCUCAAUACAAUUGUGAUUGCGGAGACUGGUUCAAAGGCAAGAAUUGCGAAGGUAUUUUUUUAAGACUCGGUUCGUCUCCUAUAUAAUGACCUACAAUCCUGUUACACACACACACUAUACUUUAUUUCAUGCAAAUCAUUUUGCCAUCUCCACCCGCAAAUAGCAAAAGCUAGACGAGGCAGGCGGAGAGGAAAGGUUACAGCAGUCAUAACAGAUAAUAUAAUAAUUGUAAAGUAACUAAAUAAACUAUCUGGAUAAAUAAGAACUACUGAAAAAAAAAAAAAAAAAAAAAAAAAAAAAAACAAGCUAAAGUUACAAAAUAUAUAGUCUUACAGAAUGAUAUUACAAUCAAAUUUACUACUAACAGAACUAUCAAUUAUAUACAUUGAGUCGAGGAUGCAGAAUUUGCCAUUUUUUGUAGGAGAAUGGGCACUUCAACAUAAUCGUCCUCUGCUUCCAUUAUCGAGAGCAAAAAGUCAUGAAAAUUUUUCUUAAAAGCUCCUUUGGAGAGUUGACGAAAUUCGUUAGGAAUUGCGUUCCAAAGUUUAGCUCCAAACCUGGAAAAAGAAUCUUGAUUUAGAUUCAGUCUUGAAGUUUGAACAUAAUAAUUUCCAGACGAAGAAAACCUGGUCUCAUGCCUGUGCUUUGAAUUAGCUUUAGUGAAGAAAUCACAGAUGUUAGACGGAGCAUUCAUGCAGGAAACGUCAAACAUUAUAGAAGAUACUUUUUCAGCAUAUAACAUUUGUAGGGGUACAGUUUAGCCGCUGUGUGAAUACCUCCUUUUGAAAUAUGAAACUGUUCGAAGUUAAACUGCUUAAAUAAAAGAAUUGAAAUUAUCAUCAGUGUUAUAAAUAGUUCUCAAUGAAUAUGUCGCCUGCCACGAAAGUCUCAUAGCUUUAUGUUUAUUCAAUUGUCACAGUUCGUCUAUUCCCGUGUGACAACAAACCCUGUUUGAACGGAGCCACCUGUGCCAAUGACGAUGAAGAUGUAUCAUUUUAUCACUGUCACUGUACUGACGGCUACAGCGGGAAAAACUGUCAAGGUAGGAAAAAAAUUCCCAUCUGUCCAAUGCUUUUUGUAUAGUCAGCGCACAUGUGCUGAUUAUGGUGGUUCUUGGUUGGCUAAUCGACAAGGAUAUGUCAUCUCUUCCUAGUUCCUAUUUACAGCAAAAUUGCCUGCUUUAACACCGGUUCCAGUUCCCUCCCUGACAUACUCGAUGACUUUAAGUCCCAAGUCGCAGAAAAUAAGCAUCAAGGGGUUAUCAGCGCAUGUGCUGAGUUAGCGUUUGAUGAAGGCUACAAGUUCUUCGCACUGGGAUAUAAUGGUAUAUGUAGAUCGGGUCCGAACGCCCGGGAUGAGUACCACAAAGAAAGCGCCACCAGUGAUAACAAUUGUCCGAAUGGCAUCGGUGUCAAUAAACGUAUUGCAGUCUACACCUUCGGUGAGUUGUUUCUUUCAAGAUUGACUUUUGAUCGGUUUAUAAAGCAACGUAAUUUUAUUGCCACCUAGUAAGCUCCAUUCAUGGGUCGCCGAGUUGCAACGCAGAAAAUCUUCAUGAUAAAAAAACAGUGAACUCUUAUGUUAACCAUCUCAAAAACAGGAAACUGUCAAUGAGAAUAAAGCUGCAUUCUUUAGCCUGUCCAGGUCCGAUCAUUGACUGUAUUUAUUUCUGUAUCUUGUAUACUUUUCCUACUAGAUAGUCUCUGAUUCCGGCUUGCCUUGCAGAAACCACUCCCAAAACGAAUAUAUCUUGGAUGUUUCAAGGAUUAGUUUGAUAAAAGUUUCCUCGACUGCUCAAAAUUGAGCCUAGCAGUUUCCUUAUUGACACGAUGUAUUGAACCCGAAGAUCAUCAGAGGCGUCCAUCUUACACAUCUAAAAUUGCGCUGACCCUACUGAAUAACUGUAUCACAGUGUUAAUAUUUACUUUUACUUUCAGAACUACUUCCAAAGCAAAUUAGUCUGGGAUGUUUUAACGAGAAAAAGUCAUCUCGACUUCUGAACGUAAAGUUUGGAAGUUUCUCGACCUCGUACGAUGCACAGAAUCCAUACGAGAUGGUCAUCAGAUGCGCGCACCUCGCCCGAGAUAUGGACUAUGAGUAUUUUGCAGUGCAGGACUUUGGCGACUGUCGCACAGAUGUAAAAUUAGUUGAAAAUUAUGAAUCCUAUGGAGAAUCCUCCCCAGACAAGUGCCAGGGAGGGGUGGGUGCAUCCCAAACCAACUACGUAUACCGAUUGAGACCAGCAUUUACUGGCCCGAACGUGUGCGAUACUGUACCAUGCAAGAACGGGGGAACCUGCGUGGUGCACUUCAGUGAUUCCAGCAGGUACUAUUGUAAUUGCGGAGAAUGGUUUGUUGGUAAUAACUGCGGAGGUAAGAUAUGUGAAGUAUUUCAGGCGGGCUAAAUAAAAACUGUUAGAUAGACUCUUCCCCCACUUCCUCAGUGACCUCUUUCGCAGGAUAUCAGAAAUAUUUGAAAUGGCAUAUUUUUUCGAUCAAGCCUUUUCCUUCCAAAUCUUUAACCUCUGACUUUCGCCAUUCCUGCCGAGGUUCAUGCUUGUUUUUUAGGUCAGGUAACGUCUGUGUCAAGAGGCCAACCCAGCCAAUUUUCAUCCCGGUUUCCAUAGAAUUAAGUAAGUAGUUAGAUGGUAUGGUAUGGGUUACCCCAACAUAUCAUCAGACUACCCUCACAAUUCAGCGGUACCCAUUUAUACUCGUGGGUGGAGAGAAGCACUCUGAGACACUGUGAGAGAAACUCCGUAUCAUUUUUUUUUUACUAUGAAAAUAUCACAUACAUGAGAAUUUUCCCUGUUGAUAAUGUACAUGAAAAAAUUACGCACUCCUGCUUGGCUGAAAACGAGUGCAUUCUCAUGUAACACGAAAGCAAAGUUGUAACACGAGUGCAAAUUACAAAUAGCACGCGCACGCUCUAAACAUUUCGUCUGUCUUUAGCCUUCAUGGUGUUCUUUCAUGUACACUAUUAAAAAGUAGUAACAUGAUUUUAUGUGCAAUUUGGUGUAAUAAGCAGUUGUAAAUUUUUCUUAGACUGCAGAUUGAACUUGCCUUAGGGGUUCAUGCAAUUUUACUCUCUUUGAAAAAUUUACUCGCUCUAUUAACACCAAAUUUGAGUUCGAUUAGUGUUUAGGGACUUUGCUAAACUUUAGUUUAAUUCUUAUUGACAGUGCAAAUUUAUCCGUGCGACAGCAAUCCUUGUCAAAAUGGCGCCACUUGUGGCAACGAUCCCCACAACAUUUCCAAAUACAAGUGUCAGUGCGCAGACUGGUUCACCGGGUCAAACUGUCAAGGUACCUUUAUCACCAAGUCAGCUCAUUGUCGACAAAAUUCAUUCUUCGCAUAGUGUUGUCAGUUUCAUGUCGGUUUGGGAAACUAUACUUGUCCUGUUAUUCCCCCCUUUUAAUCAAAUUACACUUCUGAUUUUGUUGCUUUUGAAAUUGGGGUUUGUGUCGACAAGUCAAGCCUUUAGGCAAUCUACGUAUUCCUGGUAACAGUGCUACGUUUUUGUUUCCUAUUGUUAGUUUCUCAAACCAUUUGUGACACCGGAAAGCCGUGUUUGAAUGGCAGAAAAUGUUUAAGUAGCACAAAAAGUCCGGAGCAAUACAAAUGCGACUGUGGAGAUUGGUUCAAGGGCAAGAAUUGCGAAGGUAUAAUAUGAUCACUUGAGAUCUUUUUCUGUCGUUUUUGGUUUAGUUUCUUUAAGCCAAUGACUGUUUGAACAGACAGCUGCGAGGUAAAUAAGAAAAAAAAAAAGAAACACUUGAAACAAAUGAAGCAUAAAAGCAACCGGCACAAUUGCAAUGAUUAUGUAAGUAUGUGCAAUAUGCGAUGGCCUCGUGUUGUAACCGUAUAUCACUGGAGUCCUUAGGCAAACCACGACGACAGCGGCAACAAAAGCGCGGUAAAUUAAAUAAUUAAAUGGGAAAACCAAUUAGCUCAGCGCGUGCGUUUUAAAACGUAUUACGUUUUCAGCCAUCCUUUGCAAAAAAACAAUAUGAAAUCUCCAAAAUUUUCAUGGUCUGAGGAAUACUGAAGCCUCCAGUGUGAAAUUCAAUGCUUUUCACAAAUGUGAUGCUAAAGUUGAAGCGAGACGCCGUAAACGACGGUAAACACAUCCAGAGAUUCGCAUUAUUAUAACUAUAACUAUAAAUUCAAUUUUCGAUAGAAGUCUUCCUCGGAUUUCCUUUCUGACUGCUUAAGUUCCCCAGAGACCAUAAAGACCAGAACCUUUGCAAAAUUGAAAUUCUCUUCCAGUCUUUCGAUGAAAACGGAUAUAUGCAGAGCUUCACUUUAUUAACUUGACGGAUUUAAAGUAUUCUUCAACCAACCCUUUUUACAACCUUUACUAAAGAGGUAGAGCAUAUUUAGACUUUCUACCUGUAACAGCAAAAGCGUCAUCUUUUCAACUCGAAAUGUUUCCUAUUUACGCAGUAGCAGAAGUAUUAGUAGUAGUAGUAGUGGUAGUCGUAGGUUGCUUAGGGUUAGAAUAGAUAAUAGGUAAUUUAACUAAUUAAUAUAAACAACUUAAACACAAAAAAUGACUACAAACGAAGCCUAACGGAAAAAUACUAACACUGAUAACACCUAAUAUACAACUGCAAAAAUCGAAUAACUUGAAGACGUACGCUAAGCGCCACUUAACUCAAAGUGAUAAUGCGUAAAAGAAACUGGCUUUAAAUACAAGAGGACUGCGAAAUAACGUGCGGUAUGAGAAACAUACGAAAAGGUGUAACUGACAAAGAAAAACGCUAACAAACUUAACAAAAAAAAACACGAACGAGGAGGAGUGAAAAAAUGAAUAAACAAUUAUAUACGAAUUACGCGAAAAAACAAUUAGCAAGGGCUUAAAUCUUACGCUACCUUAAGAAUAUUGUUUGAAGCGAGGGCUAUGACUCAAUUGAAGUCGUAACUUAAUACCAAAGAUGCAGAUAUAACUUGCAGCUAUUUACUAAUUUAUACUAAUGUUGAUGCUUUUAGUUCGACUUUUUCCGUGUGAUAACAAACCCUGUGUGAACGGAGCCACCUGUACUAAUGACGACCAAGACGUGUCAUUGUAUCACUGUAACUGCACUGACGGCUACAGCGGGAAAAACUGUCAAGGUAGGAAAAAAUUGCACUUGAUGUUCCAUUAUCGUCACACCUUAGCUGAUUACAAGAUUGUUUUUUAUUUUUCUAGUUCCCGCUUUCAGCAAAAUCGCCUGUUUUAACACUGGUUCCAGUUAUCUCUCUGACGUACUUGGUGACUUUAAGUCCCAAGUUGCAGAUAAAAAGCAUCAAGUGGUUAUCAGCACAUGCGCUGAGUUGGCGUUUGAUAAAGGCUACCAGUUCUUUGCACUGGGAUAUAAUGGCUUAUGUCGAUCAGGACCAAACGCCCGGGAUGAGUACCACAAAGAGGGCGCCACCAGUGAUAACAACUGUGUGAAUGGCAUUGGUAUCAAUAAACGUAUCGCUGUUUACACUUUUGGUGAGUUCCACGUUGAUAACAUUUGUUUAACCGUAAGUGACAACAUUUGUCAGAAUGGCGUCGGUAUUGGUAAACUUAUUGCUGUCUACACAAUUGAUGAGACACUUGCAUUUAAAACCGAAGUUUGCUUCGUUUUCUAUUAUUGUUUCCAUAAAAGAACUCACGCCUAUCUCAAACGGGAGGUGAGAGAGCUUGGAGAGCUAAAACAGCAGCGAAAAAGCGAUUUUCUCUCUCCAAAAUCCUUUUUUUUUUUACGUAGAGACAACCUUUUGCCAUAUCUUUCUCCCUGGCGAGUUGCAAUGUUGGCCCCGUGGCGAUCCCAGAAAUCUUUGCGCAAACACAAGGAUUCGAUCAUUGGAAACUCAGUCAUCCAGUAAAGAUUGCCUUCCAUUAAGAAUCUGGGGGUAACGUCAACGCUUUUUCCCUCUUGCUACGUUCUUAUCAGACUUGAAGCUUGCUUGACAUCGUCAGAAUAAUUUAGCUAUCAUCCUAUUCGUUACACAUACACGUGCCUUUUUUUUUUCUCUUAGAACUGCUCCCAAAACAGAUUCCUCUUGGAUGCUUUAAAGAGAAAAGAUCCUCCUCCUCCCGACUGCUCAGUGUAAAGUUUGGGAGUUUCUCGAGCUCAUACGAUGAACAGGAUCCUUACGCAAUGGUCAUCAGAUGCACGCACCUCGCCCGAGACAUGGACUAUGAAUACUUUGCGGUUCAGAACUAUGGUGACUGUCGCACAGAUUCGAAAAUAGUCGACAACUAUAACACGUACGGAGUUGCAACUCCAGACAAGUGCCUGGGAGGAGUUGGUGCAUUGCUCACCAAUUAUGUAUAUCGGCUAAGACCA